AUGUUAAUUAAAUUUGGUUUACCAAACGUUGAUGUUUGGAGUACAUGGCCAAAAUUAGAUACUCCACUUCCACCAAGUCCUUUUCAAAAUGAAUUCUUAACAAAAUUAUAUGAAAUUAGUAUGCAUGGUUCAACACCAUUAACAAUUGCAAUAAUUUAUUUCACUUCGGUUCAUUAUUUUAAUAAUGUUAUUAAAAAUAAACAAAUUAAAAAAUCAUUACAAUUGGAAUCAGAAUCUAAAAAAGAUAAUAAGCCAAUACCGAAAAGAUUACCAGCUGUUCCAUCAUCAAUUUCUAAAACUUCCCUUUUCAAAGUUUUUGUUAUUUUACAUAAUAUAUUUUUAUGUGUAUAUUCAAUAUGGACUUUUAUUGGAAUGACAGCAACAAUAGGUUCAAUAAUGAAUAAUUUUAAAUUUGAAUUAAUUCCAUCAUUUUUUAAAUCAACUAAAAUAGAAAAUUACAAUUUAAAAAAUCUUGAAUUAUUUUUCCAAUCUGUUUGUGAUUCCAAAAAUGGAUUAUUUUCAAGAUACUUUACCAAAUCCCAAGGUUUACAUAAUUUAGAAAUUUUGGGAUUUUGGUUUUAUAUUUCUAAAUUUUAUGAAGUUAUUGAUACUAUUAUAAUUUUAUUAAAAGGUAGACCAUCUUCAUUGUUACAAAGUUAUCAUCAUGCAGGUGCAAUGUUGUGUAUGUGGUCAGGUGUAAGAUUUCAAUCACCACCAAUUUGGAUAUUCGUCGUUUUCAACUCAUUUAUUCAUUCAUUAAUGUAUUUUUAUUUCACUUUAUCAUGUUUACAUAUAAGAGUUCCAACAGUUUUUAAAAAAAUUUUAACUUCAAUGCAAAUUACUCAAUUUGUAGUGGGUGGGUCGAUAGCGGUCUUACAUGCUUGUGUUUGGAUAGUUGAUACUAAUCAUAUUGUUUCAAAAGAUCAUUUAAAAUUGAUGAAUUGUAUAAGUUCUCCUGAUCAAGCUUUACCUCUUUUAAUUAAUAUUGCUUAUUUAACUCCAUUAACUGCAUUAUUUGGUGCUUUUUAUAUUGAAAGUUAUUUCAAAAAGAAUAAAUAA